AUGGAAUCAGUCAAGAGUACGACAAUUGACCAAAACCAUCAAAACUCAAUCAUAUCAACGACUACAACACCAAGUACUUCAAACCAUUUAUCAGUUCAAGCUAACAUCGCACAAUCAGCUCAUCAGGCUGUCAAACAAUAUCCAAUCAAUACUACUCUCCUCAAGUCAGAUAAAAAAUCUUUGCAAGUCUUGGAACAUUCAAUUGACCCUUCUAAUACUAUUGACCCUCAUCAGCAUUCCUGGGCAUUAUCUCAACUUCAAUUGGCGAACCAUUUGAUCAAUCAUCAAAUUCGAGAAAAUGCAAAUCACCCAUUAACUUUCAAAGACCCUCCUAUAGCUCUUCCAAUCGGACAUUCAAUCCACCAAGAGGCCCAUCUAUCGAAUCCUGAAACCCCUGCCCAAUUUCACGCCGGUCUUCUGCACGUUCCUCUUGUCCAGUCUUCCCCCCACUCUGCAAGUAUUGAGGAUCCUCCUUCGACGCCAUCUUUAAGAGAUUUUUACGAGACCGCGAUGGUCACUACCACUUCAUUUGAGGCCUCCCCUCCAUCCGAGCCGACAACUGUCAAAACUUCUGCCUUACUCGACCCCAGCUCUCCUCUGACAAAACAAUCGAGUUCUGCUCCCAACUCGCCUCGACCUGACCCCUUCGAGACCCCUCAGCCUGUAGUCAGAUCUCAACUGAAGAGUGAAUCACCGGAUCCACUCGCACUUCCAACAUCCAAAUCAUCUUCCUCCGUGUCCAAAAAUCGUAACAAAAUCCCACCAGACCUUGAUUCUACACCUCAGUUGAAGAGGCGCAAGAUGGACAAAUUCAAUGCAUAUGUUGCCAUAUCACCUCACACUCAACCUAGUCGGCCGAAACAUUCAUCAAUCUUCCCCCUCAAAGCAGAUGAUAGCGAUCUUGGAAUCUUGCCCAAAUCAACUCCAAUCCCUGCGUCGGUGGUACACAAUAUCAAUUCACCGAGCCUCCCCAGUGUCUUCUGGUUAGAUCCUGCUGCUCGACUUGCCAGCGUGGUUGAAGAUAUAUUGGAGGCAGAUGACAUGCGCGAAGGAACAAACUCGACGUGCGAAUUUUUUGUUGUAAAUGAUGGCGAUCCGAUUCUCAACCCUAAGGUUCUGAGUAAGAUGACGAAAUUGAUUGAGCACGGCAACGGAGAUGGUCUGUUAGACAUCAGCGGCGAUGACAUGAGCCGUCUGAUGAAGCUCCUUGAAAAGGGUGUGAAGGCAUUCGAAGAAAUUCUUGUGGUUCCCAGUGAAUUGAAAAUCCUCAAAUCUCCUCGUCCAUCCUCGCUGAAGAGCUCUUCCAAGUCAAAGCGGGCCACUCCGUCGAAAUCGUCCUCCAGGUCCUACACAAAAGGAUCUGAAUCUUUUGACAUCAACGGUGCACCUCAUGAUCCAGAUUACGAAGCCAAUCACCACACGCUUCCACCAAAUCUUGUGGCGGAGAAUCAUGUCAAAAUCAUCCAGGAACGAAUGAUUGACAUGUUUAACGCGCUCCACUCGGUCAACUUUAUGCUAUUACUCCUCACUUGCGAGCAAAAGUUGCCCAAGCGUUUCUAUUCCGAAGAAAUCAUCUCAAUGAUUACACGAAGCCUGAAACAUCAGCUACAUACCGUCCUCUAUCCUUUCAUGCAGGCAGGCCAAAUAAGUGCCAUCGACGCUUUUGUAGCAUACUCGACCCGUCUCGAACACGUCUUAUCAAAGUCAAAUGCCACACGUCAGGCUGUGUCUUCAAUAUUUUCAACCAUCUCGACCUCCGUUCUCCCCAAGAUCAAUCUACUGGUGACCAAUCUCGAUCUGCCAGAAUCGAUCUUGAAUCACCUCAACCACAUCUGCAUCAGCUCGUUUCUCUUCGAACCUCAAGCAGCCUUUUCCGCUUCAACUCGUUCAAGAAGCUCUUCCCAACACACCAAGCAAUCUACUUAUUCACACGGUGGCAUAGCUGGGAUGCGAUUGGAGUGCUUGAACCUAUUGCGUAACGUGAACUCACCUCACUUGCUCUCGAAUUCUCGAGUUCAUGCUGUCAUUGAAGCUUUGCUGAUCCUCAUUCAAGCGCUGCAACUUUCUCGUCCACAGAUCUCCUCAAAAUAUCCCGCGCAAACCGACGGGAUUGUUGACGAAGUCUUGAGCUCAAUAGUCAAUGUCUCUGGUUCAUUUGUCUCGUCCCCCAUCAUCGGAAGUGGGUCAGCCCGAUAUCAGUAUCUUACGGCCUAUGCUGCAAGACUUUCACAUGGAAAGUCUAUACACAGCAUCUCGGCUUUGUUGUUGCAUAUCAUUCAAUGCUCAGCACACGGCACUCGAGCCCGAUUACGCUCAAAAUUGCGUAAUCUGCAGGAUAAUCCGGAAGAAAAAAAGGUCCUGGAAGCAUUGUCAACCAACGAUUCGAAAGAAGCUAUCUAUCGAGUGGUGAAAGAUACAGUAGAGCCCGUAUUCUCGACUGCUACUCAACUGGGUACGAAGAUCAUCAGAUUCCUAAGUGAGAAGUCUACGAAAAGUGGCAAAUCAAACAACGAGUCAAAUUACCGGCUUGUAUUCGAUCAAUUGGUGUCUGAUUCAAUCGAUUUAUUAUAUUUACCUGACUGGCCUGUUGCAGAGUUUCUACUCGGUCUCUUUUGCAAAAAAAUGGUAGACAUCUGGGAAGAAACAAAGACAACGUCCGCCGAUAGGAACGCCAUCAAAGCUGUAUUUAUCGACCACAUGGGACAUAUCGCUGCACGAUUGUUUCGUCCCUAUCCAACAGGCGACACUGACGGCAAAGGAGAGCUUGCCCAGGGUGAACAGGCGCCUAAACUCUUCAAAACGAUGCUUAAAACUGGGGACCUCGCUAAUCUUUCACAGUUUUUCCAAUCACAAGCAAGCUUGAUCUUGAAAUUGGAUGGUAUGAAUACUAUGGAAGAUGAAACAAAUAGUGCGUCGGAUUUUCUCCAAGCGCAAUGGUCGAUGGAAUUCAUGAAGGCAAUCAGAUCGCUGAGAUCUGAGCAGCAAAUGGAAGAUGCGCCUACUAGUAUAGAAUUGCUGGAUUUUCUGAAAGAACAGCUUCAUAUCUUCUGUAGUCUAGAAACACGGCUCACACCCAAUUCAGCUGUCUCUCACCGUCUAAAUCUGGACCCCGUUUGCGUCAAUCCGGGAUCACUUCUCGAAUCCAUGUCUCAGAUACAGGGCCUAAAGUUGGUUCGCGAUCUUUUACUUGAUCGGAUCAUACUUGCUUCUGCUACAUCGGUAGUCACCUUUCGCAGCAAAGCUAUCAAAGCUCUUGGACUAGUUGUUGCGCAAGAUGAAACAAUCUUCUACAGGAGCGAGGGUCACUGUAUCAAAACCAUUUACGCCAUAGCUUCUGUUAGUCCGAGGAUGCUUUCACCCAACAAAGCUAUGAUACUUUUACCGUAUCUCAAGGGCGCGACUUCAGCAGAGGAGCAGAUGACAAUCCAGUAUCUUCUCAAACUUUUCAAGGCUUGUGUCAUUGAUACUCCCAAGUUAUCAGAUCAAUUUUGCAAUACCCUACAGGCCGCUUUGCUUCCUGCCUUGAACAAGCCGAAUCUCAACGAUGGCGUAAUGAUUUUACAAGAGAGAGUUUCGUGUUUCUGCGCCGUUGUGGUCUAUCAAACACACGAUUUUUCGAAGUUGAUCAAGGUUUUCAAAGCUUGCGAGCAAAGGCUGAGGGAUAUGUUGACUGCUUACGGGCAGUUGGAUGAGCUAGCGGUUGAAAAUGAAGAUAUUCGAAACGAAAUAAAAGGAGUUGGAGUAGUAUUUGCUGACCCUAGUAUCGAGCUACGGUCUCGAUUAUUGAAACUCAUUGCCGAGUUUCUAGCUAGUCAGACGGACAAGUCUGAAGCUAUGGAAGACAAAAGUUUGACACCGAUAACCAAUACGAUCGAUAUGGAUCAACUGAUCGGAAAUACCGACAACUUUGCUGACUCUGGUGUUGGUUUGGCGAUUGUACAGCGAUAUCUUCCUCAGAUUACCACGUUCGCUCAGUCUGUCGAUGGUCCGAUGCAAAAGGCGGCCGUCGAUAUCAUCGCUUAUACCAUCAAGCAAGGUCUCGCUCACCCCAUGUCAUGCAUACCCGUCUUAGUAGCAUUAGAAAGCUCUAGCGAUCAGACGCUUGCAAAACGUGUCUUCGGACUGCACACGCUCUUGCAUACCAAACGGCCGGACCUAGUUCACACCCGAUUCUUAGAGGUUAUGCGAGAAGUUUACAAGUUCUAUUCCAGAACAAGCUCAUCUGUCUCUGGGUACUUCGACAAUCCCGCACGCUCGGUCAUUGCUCCUUGGUAUACGCUUUUGAGCCAGAAACGCACGUGGAGAUUGGAUCUGAUUAGAAGUCUCAUCAAGUCCUUUUCGGUUGAUCCUCUCUCGAGUACCGUAGAAAUUGAUGAUUCAACGAUCGACUUUAACCGUUUCCUUUGUGAAGCCAUACUCACGAUUGAUUUCAAAACUCAAGAGGAAGUCUUGACGCUCGUCAAUGCUUUGAAUUUGAUAUUGGGACAGUAUGCGUAUCAAGCUCUAGAUGUUUUGGAAGGUGGUAUGACAAUGAAGAUGCUCGAUGAGGAAGAUGAAGAUGACCUUGAGAAUGACGUUUCCGAAGAUAUAGGAUCAAAGUCGGUUGCUAUUCGCGCUUCAGUGGUACUAGGAAUGGUGUUCAGGUUAAGAGAUCGAGUAAAGAUUUUGUAUGGACUGACAGAUCAGAAAUGUUCAAAGUUUUUGGCCUCGGGUGGCAAGAAGAGUAAAAUGGGAGAUACAGCAGCGGUGAGAAGAGUGAAGGUAAUGGAGGAAGACAAAGAGAACUUCGAGAAUGGUUUGUCAUCGUCGUUUAUGAAGGGAAAACUAGAAAGCAAAGAAGACAUGUUAGAUCAGGUCAAGAUAUUUGAAAAACUAGUAAGGGAUGAUGUGAUUUUAGGACAAAAUGCGGCAGAUGAAGAUGAAGAUGAUACGAUGAUGGAGGAAUGA